UUGAUAAAAACAACUUAAAAAUUUCAAUAUCAUUUAGAUAUAAUUUAGAACAACAAAUAGCUUUUAAUAGGGAAAUUUAGUUUAAGCCAAAUCUGUUUAUUGAUGUAUAAAGGAAGGGAAACAACAAAAUACUCUACUAGUUAAAAUAGAAUUAGCUAUGAAGAUGAUGAAUACGAUAAAGACAAAUAAGAUGAUUUUAAUUAUAAGCAAAGUUAGCAAAAUCCAGAUUAAAAAGUUUAAUAUGUACCUGUACCUGUUAUGCAAUAUCCUCCGCCUUUUUAUGGAUAUAAUCCCUAUUAGCAAUUUAUGCCUCCUCCUUAAGGCAUGUAGCAAGGCAAUCCAGCCUAACAAAAAGAUUAAUUUUAAAACCCUAACUAUCCUUUUUAAUAUCCUAACUUUCCUCCUUUUAAUCCACAAUAUCCAUUCCCUUAGUAGCAAUUUAAUUUUUCAGGACAGUAUUUCUAUAAAAAUAAGGAUAAAAAAGAAAGCGGAAUGCAUUUAAGCAAAUAAAAAGAUGAAAACUCAGCAUUCAAUUCAUCUCAUUAUGGUAAAUUUAAGUAAAAUCAAGGAAAGCAAAGUCACCUUGCAUCAUUAAAAAAUAAAACUCCUUCAUAAAUCGUGAAUGAAUUUAAGGCAUAUACUUUACCAAAACUCAGACUCAAAAGACUGAUAAAAUUAUAAGCAUUAAUGAAAGGUUAUCAUGUUAGAAAAUAUGUAGUACCCAGAAAGAAAGCAAUGAUUAAUGUUAUGAGAAAUUAUGUUGAUAAGCUAGUUAAAAAUUAUGUUGAAGAUAAAAUAGUGCCAGACAUUGUGCUUGAAGUCCUAGCUUAUAAUAAAUAUAAUGAAGAUGUACAUCUCUAUUCAACUGAGUAUAGAACUUAUUUAGAAAUUAUGGAUAGGAUAGUUUAAAGAGUAGUAAGAAAUGAAGCUCAAUAAGUUGUCAAAGAAUCUACUGAUAAUAUUGUUUCAGGAAUCUUGAGGCAAAGAGAUAAUCAGAAACCUAUUGAAGAGAAAGACCCGAUGGUUUUAAUUGCUAGAGAUAUAAUUAUUAAUACAAUUAAAUAAGAUUGCUUAGAAGUAGCAAAAGAUGGUGUAUAGGAAUUAACUUUUGAAUAUAUGGAAGAUAUCCAUAUUAGGAAUCUAAUUAGUUCAAAAUAUGUAACAAGAGCAGUCAAAGAAGUUGUGGUUGAUGCUAUUUAAGAAAUCGCUAUUGAAGAUUUAGUUGAUGAGUUAAUUCUUAAGAAUACUUAAUAGCUAGCUCUUCCUUUAGCCCAGCACAUGUAUGAUUUGGUUUAGUAAGAAAUGGAGGGUGUGUAAUUAGAAAAAGCUAUAGAUAACUAUAUUUUAAGAGGAAUGAUAGACAUUAUUCUUGAAUAAGCUAAUGUAAUCAUUGACGAUAACAAUAAGGCUCUUAUGGACAUAUAAGAGGUAUUACAAUAAAGCAAUCCUGAUUCUAGAAUAGGAAUGGAUGGAGUUAUUUAAAAUAAAAAUCCUAAACCAUCUAAAAAGAAGGAUAGCAACUAAUAAUAAAAAUAACCCUUAGAAGAAAUUUAAUCACAAUAAUCAGAUAAUUCGAUUUAAUAAUUAGAUGAAGCUUUAAAUAAUUAAAAUUAGCAGUUCAAUAACUAGCAAGGAUCAGAAUAAUAAAUACAGCAACCCCCAAAUAUGCAACAGCAACAAUAUUAACAGCAGUAAUAAGAGUAAUAACAAUAAUAAUCUUAGCAAUAGUAAUAAUAAUCUUAAUAGUAGCAAGGAUAAUAGCCUAAUUAGCAAUAGUAAAACCAGCAGUAUUAAUAAGCUAAUAAUAAAUAAUAAGGUAAAAAAUGA